UCCCUCCCUCCCUGCCUCGUCGGCGACCUCAUCGAGAAAUCUCGCUCGCGGCCGCGGGGGGGUCUCCCUCCGAUAAAUAGCAGACACGCUCCCCGCCCCCGACCCGCGUCGCUCACUCCCUCCCCGUCUCCACCACCCGACAGCGACCUCCCUUUCUCCUUAGCCGCUAAGCAUCAUCUCCCCCCCUUCCACCACCUCCUCCCCCCGCGUGCCCAGCUGCGCGCGCGGCUCGUCGCCGGCGUCCUCGCCCCGGCACCACCGGCACAGGAGGCGCCUUCCGCCGAGGGGCCCAGCCAGCGGCACUCGAUCCCAUCUCCGCGCGGGGGCACCAGGAAGGAGAUCGGGCCUCCGAUCCCGGCGUCGCGAGGGCCCGAUCUCGCCCGAUCCCCCCCGCUUCCAUCCUUGGCUCCCUGACCCGAGAUGUGGGGCGGGGACUCCAAGCAGACGCUCAAGUCCCGCGGCGGCAUCACGGGCGGCGCCGCCACAGGCGGGAUGGGCGACGAGGAGUCCGACUACUUCCCGCCGACCCCGCGCAAGGACUGGUCCACCGGCCUCCUCAAGCUCGUGACGGCCACGGUCAUCUUCAUGGGCGGGGUGGUCCUCGGCCUCUCCGUCAGCGGCAGCGUCGCGCGGUACUACUACAACGCCUCCCACGCCGAGCUCUUCUUCCCGGCCACCACCUACGGCUGCGACCCGCGGGACCGGGACUGCGGCCUCGGCCUCGCCUUCAAGGCCUUCGUCCACCCGCCGCGGCUCGCGCACUCCAUGACCGACGACGAGCUCUUCUGGCGGGCGUCGCUCGUGCCGAGGGCCGAGGACUUCCCGUUCCAGCGGGUGCCCAAGGUCGCCUUCCUCUUCAUGACGCGCGGGCCCAUCCCGUUCGCGCCCCUCUGGGACAAGUUCUUCCGCGGGCACCAGGGGCUCUACUCCGUCUACGUCCACACCGUGCCGGACUACAAGCUCAACGUAUCCAAGAACUCGGCCUUCUACGGCAGGCAGAUCCCCAGCGAGGAGGUGUCCUGGGGAUCAAUAACUCUUGUGGAUGCUGAGAAGCGCCUGCUGGCCAAUGCCUUGUUGGAUUUCUCGAAUGAGCGGUUUGUGCUGCUCUCGGAGAGCUGCAUUCCUGUCUUCAACUUCCCAACAGUCUACGAGUACCUCAUUAACUCGGCACACAGUUUUGUUGAGUCCUACAACAUCGACACCCCUCAAUGUGCUGGCCGGUACAACCGGCGCAUGGCACCUCACAUCAUGGCGGAUCAAUGGAGAAAAGGGUCAGAGUGGUUUGAACUUAACCGGGAACUGGCUGUCCAGAUAGUAGCAGACUACAAGUACUACUCAAUCUUCAGAAAGCAUUGCAGGCCAUCCUGUUACCCAGAUGAGCAUUACAUACCAACUUAUCUUCAUUUGUUCCAUGGACCCCUCAACGCCAACAGGACCAUCACAUGGGUUGAUUGGUCAAGAGGAGGCCCGCAUCCAGCAAGUUAUGGUGCUGCAGACAUCACAGAAGAGUUCAUCCAGACCAUCAGGAAUAAUGGUACGCAGUGCUUUUAUAACUCGAAGCCCACCUCUGUCUGCUACCUCUUUGCGAGGAAGUUUGCUCCGAAUGCUUUGGGUCGGCUGAUGAACCUCACCUCGACUGUGUUGGACUUUUGAGUCAUUCACCGUGGCGUGGUCGUCAGCAUUAAUGCUAUUGAGGAGGUAUCUAUUGAUGCGCAUCAUGGUCAGGAACUAGAGCUACUCUACGCUAGUAGGCUGGAGCCGGCUACAUGUCUCACUAUAGAUGGAUGAGCAGAGAUGGCUUUUGAUCCGUGUGUCUCUUGCGGAUGAUGCUGUGUGGGACAGUGAAAUUUGGUUCACUUAUCCUGAAGCUGAUCCCCGAGUGAUAGACAAAUGGCACGGCCAACGGAGAGGACAUUUCUUUCACCUCCCAUUCUUUUUAAUAUAUCAUAGUCAUAUGAUAGAGGAUCCUUUUCUUUUCUUCUUCCCCCCUAUCUACUGUAAUGACUUGGUCAGAUACUAAUUUCUGUGAAUAUAACUUAUCGAUCAUUGCUUUACUUCAA